GGGGUGGCCGAGCGGGGCAAUUUGAGCGGUAGCCGUCCAGCCGACAAUGGACGGCCUCGACGCCCUCUUGGCCGAGGCUGCGGCCGAGCGUGAGGUCAAGCGCUCGCCUCCGCCGCCGGUUGCCGCCGCCGCACCGAGAGUGGCACCAGUCGCACCGCCGCCAGCUUCCCACCAGCCUUCGAGUGAGGCUGCGUCGGAGCUGCACGCAGCACUGAAGGGGUACAUCGCGCACCUGCUCUGCCCGGACGCGCUAGACGCGCUGUCGCUAGCUCUCGCGAGUCGCACGUACGCCGAGGUGGAGGAGUAUAUCGUCGCUCGGCCAGAGCUCUCUCGGUACACCCUCAGCGCAGAGGUUGGGCGGAUGUCCUAUACGGUCUUCCCUUCCGGCGGCGGGUCGCCCGUCACCGAGCCAGGGGCGAUCCGCGCGUAUUACGCCCGCCAGUCCGGAGACGCAGGACGCGACGGCGGCGGCGGCGGCGGCGGCGGCGUGGCCGCGUCUUCUUGCGGCGUGGCCGAGCUGCUGUGGCGCGCCGCCAACCAGAGCCUCUUCGGCGAGGUGCUCGGCAGCCUGCAGGAGGCGUGGCUUGAGCCGCGGCUGAGCACGUGCGUCGUCGCCACCGCCUCCUCGCUCAGGCUCGACUUCAGGGACGAGACGCAGCCGCGGCUCGACGCCUCGUGCGAGCUGGCCGUGCAGACGCUCGGCGCAUCUGACGAGCCGCUUGUCCUCGCGACCACUCAGGUCAGCGUCUCGCUGUCGCCCGCGCGGCGCGAGCUGCGGCGAGCGGUGGACAAGCCGCGGCUGGCGACGUGCUGCAUCUUCGACGAGCGAAUCCUCGAGACGGCAGAGGCGAUGGCGCGGUGGGAGGCCGCUUCGGGCGGCGGCGGCGGCGGCGGCGGCGGCGGCGGCGGCGGCGGCGGCGGCAGCGGGGAGGGUGGAGGGGCGCUGGGCGGUCUUGCUGCCGGGAUCGGUCGUCUGAUGCGGCCGGGUCGAGGAGAGGGAGAGGGCGGCGACGGUAGCGGCGGUGGCGGCGGCGGCGGCGGCGGCUGUGGCGGCGGCGGCGCUGGAGGCGGCGGCGACGGUGCGGGAGGUAGCGGCGGAAUUCGCCUCUUGAGCUCCCUCAGCGCGAUCGGUGGCAGCGUCGCUUCCGCCGCUUCGGGCCUCGCGCAGGAGUCGGCCAAUCUCGGCCAAUUCGGCUGAUCUCGCCCGAUCUCGGCCAAAUCUCUGUUGACUCGGCCUCGGGCGCGCGCGUGCAGGAGUCGGUCUCGGGGCUGACGGCACUCGCGUCCGACGUUGGCACGGCCGCGGGGAUCGGCCAGGCCACGCCGCAGAACGAGUGAUGCGCCGAAUUUCGAUACUUGCACAAUGCUACGGGCGUGGUAUUCACAAUGCUAUGUGAACGCUCCUGUCCUUGCAGCUUGGUUGCACGUACAUAGGAGGCGUGUAGUAAUAACUGGUAUGGCCUUCUAGUUUGGUCUUCUCGUGUUUUACUGC